GCAUUUGCUUUUGUAGUGUAGUAUUCGACUAGCUAGCACACUACUAUGGGUUCCAUUUUAUCUUCUACAAAGAUACCACCAAACAAAUUAGAGAAAUCACGAGUCACCGAAAUCUCUCAAAAUUAUGAUUGGAAGGUUUUUCGGAACAGCGAGUCGAUAGAAGCCUCACAUCGGUUGUCGGUGGUAGUUUUUUGUGCAUCAUGGUGUGCCCCCUCCAGAGGUUUAGAACCUGAACUCGAUAACCUUGCUUCCGAAUAUACACACAUUAGCUUCAUUAAGAUUGAUGUCGAUACGUUAAAGAGUCUGGCAAACCAUUUCAAAGUAGAGGCAAUGCCAACCCUUGUAGUGCUAUAUCAAGGAAAAGAAGUGAAAAGAAUUGUUGGUGCCAAGAUUGACGUCAUAAAAGACACCAUCAAGAAAGUGGUGGAGGAUUACCCUUCCGUCACUAUAUGAUUUUAUGUUUUCAUUUUAUUUGUUCUUUAAUAAUCCUCAUGUUAAGUUCCAUAUAUAGAAUCGGAAUUGUUGGUAUAUGUAUUAACUAGUUUUGUACCCGCACGAUGCGACAGGGCAUAAGAAUAAAAUACUGGUUAAGUA